AUGACUACCAUCACAGCAGCAGACAGUAACGACAACUACCACGAGUGCGACACCACAACUGGCAACCCUGCUGUCAUGCUGGUCACGGUGAGGUUCACGCUCGACGGGAGGGGACACACGGUCCAUCUCCAUGCCGAGCCAGAUGCACAUGACGGUGGUCUGGAUGCGAUCCAUCAUGCGGUGCGGGCGGUGUUUGUGCGACUAGACGUGCCCGAGUACAUGCAUGCAUCGCUGCUGGCGGCUGCGGAGGACGCUGCCGUGCAAGCGCUGACUCGCGAUCGGGUGGCGGCGGCAUGCGCGGCUCAAGAGGCCCAGGCCCGGGCCGAGGCCGAGCCAGAUGGCGAUGGCGCGGCCGGAGUUGCCGAGAGCGUCGAGUUGGCGUGCGAGCCGAAAACCGAGCACGAAGAGGUGGCGCCGUUGCAUGAGGCCUUUGCGUUUGUCAUCGAGGCUGGCGGCGGCGUGGGCCUCGACUCGGUGCUGCGGCUGGAAACGGCGUUUGCUGAGGAGAUCGCAGAGCUCAACGCACAGCUGGAUGCUGUGCGGGCGGUUAGCGUCGAGGGUGGCGGAAGCGAGAGCGGCAAUCCGAUGGCGACGGUGGAUGCAGCGAGGGCUGCUGCGGCUCGCGAGGCGGCGGUCCAGGCUCGCAUCGACGAAGCCAUGGCUCAUCAGAGGGUGCAGUAUGCCCAGUUUGUGACCGACUGUGCAACCACGCCCGAGCUUCUCGAGGCACUGGCCGAAGAGCGCAAGGUAGCAGCAGCGCGCAAUGGUGACGGGUCAGACGACGGCAGCGAGAGUGAUGACGAUCCCUGGGCGCAGGUCCGUGAGCUCUCUGUGGCGCGCAAGUGGGCCGAGGGCCACGCCCAGGCUGCAAACGCUUCGGCGCGCAGCGGCGCCGGCAGCGGCGCCGGCUCUGGUGGCAACAUGCUGGGCUGGCUCAAGUCGGGACUUCGUACGGCACUGUCGCCGGUCAAGUCGUCGUCAGCGCUGCUAGUGGCGAGCAGGCGAGGGGACGAGAGCACGCCGAGCGUCAAGCCGGCCGAGGGCAGCGACGCGAGCGAAGCGCCGGCGCCAGACCUCACUGAGGGCUUCACCAUCUACCUUGGCGCACAGCUGAAGACUAACUACUCGAUUCGGCUGAGCCUGGCGUCGAUGGCGUCUUCGCUGGUGUACGACACGUCGUCCAAGGUAACCCACAUCGCGCAGCGCGCGGCGACCGCACUCGCGCUGUACUCGGAGCAGCUGGCAGCUGUGGUGGUCCUCGUCGACGCCGAUCUGAGCUACGCGACGGACGAAGGGCGUGCGUUUGCGGCAGCGGCGCGAGCGUCGACCGAGCUGCACUUUGCCUCGUUGUCUGUGCAAGUUGAGGCUGUGCGCGCGCAGGCGCGGGCCGAAGGCGCGAGCCUUGUACCUGGUGACGUGUUUGUGACUCGCCACUCCAAUCUGGCGGGCAUCCAGCUUGCGUUCCACCUUGUAGUCGAUCUCGACACAAUGCACAUGCGGAACGCCGAUCUGCUCCGCGGGCGGAAUCCCAUGCUCGCCGGCCUGCGCUCUGUCCUCCACACGGCGGCGCGGUACGACGUGUGCACCAUCUCGCUGCCUCUGCUGCUGAGCCACUCGCUGCCGGCGGGCAUGGAUCUGGCGGACAGCGCGGUGACGAAGCGGGCCGAGACGGUGCUGAAGGCGGUCAAGGGCGUGCUGACCGAGCGCGGCAACAUCCACCACUCGCUCCGCUCGGUGCACUUUUACCACCCACCCGCCGUCUUUGAUCACUUCCGCACGCUUCUCUGCUCGGUCUUUACCGUCUCCUAG